AUGGAGCUGGGAAAGGCAAAGCUGCUGAGAACCGGCCUCAACGCUCUGUAUCAGGCCAUCCACCCCAUGCAUGGGAUUGCCUGGACAGAUGGGAAGCAAGUGAUGCUGACCGCUUUAUACUAUCACAACGGAGAGCUGAAGUUUGGAGACUCCAGUGUUGUUGGUCAGUUUGAGCAUGUUCAUGGGCUUUACUGGGGCCCGUGUUGCGCCACAAACAUCCCAGCUCUGCUCGCUGUUCAGCACAAGAAGCACGUCAGCAUCUGGCAGCUGGGCUACAGCAGCUCAGGGAAGAACAAACCCCUGAUUUCUCAGACCUGUGAAGUCGGUGAGCCGUUGCCACUGCUUUCUCAGGGCUGUGUCUGGCACCCAAAGAAGGAAGUCUUGGCUGUGCUUACAAAGAGAGAUGCUUCGGUCUUGCAUGCUGUCCGUACUGACAACACUAGAGUUAAGGUUGAUAUCAAAAGCAGUGGAGUUAUCCACUGUGCUUGCUGGACCAAGGACGGUAAUCGCUUAGUAGUUGCCAUAGGCAGUGCCCUGCAUUCCUACAUAUGGGAUGAUGCUCAGAAAACUCUACAUAGCUGCUCCUUUUGCCCAGUGUUUGAUGUGGGAGGUUAUAUCUGUGCUAUAGAGGCCACACUGGAUUUCCAAAUUGCCGUGGCUACUGAGUUGCCUUUAGAUAGUAUCUGUGGUUUGAAUGCGGGCAUUGCAUUUGAUAUGCCAUCUAGUACAGAAACUGGUUCUUUCAGCUCACAGUCUGCUUCAGGGUUUGGUGAUGAGGAAUACUCCAUGGACCUUCGCAGGAAAUCCACAGAUUCAGACAGAUCAGCUGUCGAUUCCAUUGCUUCUUCUUCAUCAGGUCCUGUGGAUUUAACCCAUAUCCUUGCAAACCACCGUCGGUCAGAUCCUGGCCCUCUUAUUACUGUGAGACGCAAAGAUUCUGCAGCAGCAAAUGGGCAAGAUUCUUCUCACCUCAUCUUGGUGACUUUUGAGAGAAAGGUAACCACCACCAGAAAAGUCACCAUCCCAGGUAUUCUAGUUCCUGAUAUAAUGGCUUUUGACUUUAGAGCUCAGAUUGUGGCAGUAGCCUCUAAUACUUCUAACAUUGUUUUGGUGUAUUCAGUAACCUCUUCCUGCAUGCCUCAUAUUCAACAAAUCCAGCUGGAAAAAAAUGAAAGGCCAAAGGGCUUAUGCUUUUUGACAGAUAAACUCCUAUUGAUUCUGAUUGGCAAGCAAAAGUUCCCUGAGCCUACCCUCAUUCCAUCUUCAAGUUCAGACAGGUAUGUAAUGCGUCUGAUGAUCAAAGAAUUGAUGGUGGGAGAAGAUUCUUCAGCAUUGCCUGAGACUAAGCAGAAUACGUUUUACAGCUUUGAAUCCUCUGUUAAUAUACCUGGGAAAAGAAAGUUCUUCGAAAAUCUUGCUACAGAAGACCCCCCUCAAAGCAGGGAGCUGUUAAUCCCAAGAAGCACAACUAUUCAAUCUCCCAGUGGCAGGAGGAGACUCAUCGAAGAAGUAAAGAGCCCUAGCUAUGAGCAGAGCUCUUCAUCAAGUGUGAGUGACUUAGAUGAAAAAAGGCUCCCAGGUGACUCAUCGGUGGCCUUGGAAACAUUGGAUGCUGAACCUACCAAUCGUUCAGUGUCUCUUCCUGGUUUUGGCACACCUGCCAGGCUUUCCAGCAGACCAACUUCCCCUAAAGUGCAGUUCAGUGUGGUCCAAGAAACAUCGAGUACUAAAAACAACAAUUUGCCAAGUGAAAGAGGAAUGAGUCACAUAUCUAGAAAUCUAGAGAGACUUUGUGGCAGCUUCAAUGAGCUACAGCUGAGUCUUUCUGAAGUGACUGACUUCGCCAAAAAUGGGAGGAGGAUAUCUUUAGCCUAUCCUUGUUCACAGGAACCACCUGUUGUUCAUAUCACUUAUCAGAAAAGUUUUUCAAAUGGAUCAGUUACUGAAGAAACAAAAGAUGUUCUCCUCUGUGAUGGCAAGAUCCAUCUGAACUUAGUCCAGCAGCUGUUUGAUCUGCCCGUUAUUGAAAUGAAACAUGGCUCUUCUUGGAUUGUCCUGACUGCAGACAAGGACGGCUUUGUGCCAUUAAUAUUCAAAGCAACACAAGAGAUAAUCAUAAGGGAUGGAACUGACAGUUCAGAAGUCUGCGGAGGUCACUCCUACAAAAGAAGCAUUUCAGUGCGACCCCCGAGCAGGGUGACAUAA